GGACGGACUGUUUAGAGCGGCGGCACGCCGGUCACUUCCUGCACGUUGUGCUGUUCGCGCGUGAAGUUGCGGCGCAUUAAUCAGCAUUUUCUGCGUUUUGAGAAGAAGGAACCAGCAGUGAUGGAAGCCGUGGAGCCGGAAACCGGGGAGAGACAGACGGAUGCAGCUUCCAAAGGCCAAGCCGCCAUCAAACCCGAGUUCCUCACCACCAAAGAGAAGUUUCAUGAGUUUCUGGACGCAGAGCUGCAGGAGGUGGAGUCCAGUGAAAAAGACCAAACUGAUGAGAUCCAAGAACCCCAACACAAGAAACCCAAACACGACCUUCAGGAGAAGAGCAGAGCAGAAGGUCAACGGCUCCGGGGUCAGAACAAGUCCAGGCCUCACGUAAAGCCCACCACGUACGAGGAGAAGCGGCUGUGCCUGGCAGUCCUGCAGAACAGAGACUGCGCCUUUGGACAGAAGUGCUACUUCCUCCAUGACGUUGGCGAGUACAUGAGGACCAAAGCGGCCGACAUCGGGGACAGCUGCUACCUCUACGACACAUUUGGAAAGUGUGGAUACGGUCUGAGCUGCCGCUUCGCUAAAGCGCACACCACGGCCGACUUCCAGACCAUGGAGGACGGCGAGCUGAUGAAGACCAAGGAAGGCCGGACCACGGUGAAGAACGCCUUAAGCAAAGAGCUCCAGAACCGUCUGAGGAAGAGGAAGGUCGUCUUCACAAAGUCUGAGGAAUAUUUAAAAAGUCUGUCAAAAAGCAAAGACAAAACGGACGGCGGUGGGAAAGAUGUUUGUUCUACUAAAGAACCUGGAGAUGCAGUGGAGGAACGUCCCACACCUGAGGAGUCACAGGCCCAGCGGAUGUCCGGUCCAGAUGAACGGCCGCUGGUGAAGACGGUCGGCCCGCUAACAGAUGCUGAUGUCAUCAAGCUCCGCCCCUGUGAGAAGAAGAAGGUGGACUUCAGAGAUAAGCUGUACCUGGCUCCUCUGACUACAUGCGGGAACCUGCCCUUCCGCCGCGUGUGCAAGCGCUUCGGCGCCGACAUCACCUGCGGGGAGAUGGCGGUGUGCACCAACCUCCUGCAGGGGCAGCAGUCCGAGUGGGCGCUCCUGAAGAGGCACGAGAGCGAGGACCUGUUCGGGGUGCAGGUGGAGGGCUGCUUCCCCGACACCAUGACCAAGUGUGCAGAGCUCAUCAAUCAGAACACGGAGGUGGACUUUGUGGACAUCAACUCGGGAUGCCCCAUCGACCUCAUCUACAAGAAGGGCGGGGGGUGUGGCCUAAUGGCGAGAACCAGAAAGCUGGAACAGAUCAUCAAAGGAAUGCACCAUGUUCUGGACGUUCCUCUAACGGUCAAGAUCCGCACGGGCGUCCAGGAGAAGUCCAACGUGGCCCACAAACUCAUCCCAGAGAUGAAGGGCUGGGGGGUCUCCCUGAUCACGCUGCACGGCAGAUCCAGGGAGCAGCGGUACACUAAGCUGGCAGACUGGGACUACAUCGGCGCCUGUGCCGAGCUGGCGCGGCCCGUUCCUCUGUUCGGUAACGGAGACAUUCUGUCCUACGAGGACGCGGUGAGGGCCAAGCAGACGGGGGUUUCUGGCAUCAUGAUUGCAAGAGGAGCCCUCAUCAAGCCCUGGAUCUUCACGGAGAUCAAGGAGAGCAGACACUGGGACAUCUCGUCCAGCGAGCGGCUGGACGUCCUCAGAGACUUCACCAACUUUGGCCUGGAGCACUGGGGCUCCGACACUCGCGGCGUGGAGAAGACGCGCUCCUUCCUGCUGGAGUGGCUGUCCUUCAUGUGCAGAUACGUCCCUGUGGGGCUGCUGGAGCGAGUUCCUCAGAAGAUCAACGAGAGGCCGCCGUACUACAUGGGCAGGAACUACCUGGAGACCCUGAUGGCCAGUCAGAACGUGGGGGACUGGGUGAAGAUAAGUGAGAUGCUGCUGGGGCCCGUACCCAACAACUUCAACUUCCUGCCCAAACACAAAGCCAACGCCUACAAGUGAUGGCGUCACCUCAGGCUGACGGGAGCCUGAAGGAGCAGAGAUUUGGGUUCAUGUGUGCGGCGGCAAGGAAUUAAAGUCUUUCCACAAACAGA